AUGGGCUCUAUCCAAGAGGAGUCUGUCCCAAAACCAUCUUCUUUAUCUGUGAGCUCUUUGCUCGCCAAGAAAAACAACAAAGUCCUUCUGUGCGAGACGCAUGAUCGUUUCUCUACUGAGAUUAUCAGAAACGGUGUCGGCAAAGAUGGCCAAGUGUUUGAUGGUAUCUGGUAUAGCGGUCUCACUCAGACCACCUAUCUCGGUGUGCCGGAUGUUGAGCUCAUCUCCCCUCUUCAGCGAGCAUCACUUCUUGCUCUUAAUGGAGACUUGAAGCGCACAACAAAUGGCCGCCCCCUCUGCGCUGCCUUCGAUGCCGACAGCGGUGGCAACAUUGGUGAAAUUCCUGCUCUAGUGACACUCUUGUCUCUUGUCGGCAUAGGAAUGGUUAUUGUUGAAGACAAAGCCCUCACAGCACCUGGCCAAAAGGUCAACUCCCUUGCUGCCACAUCAGGCACACAAGGCCAAGCUGAUCCGGAUGAGUUCGCUGGCCUCAUUCGUGCUUUCAAAGCAGCAAGUACAGGCCGUGACAUUUUGACCACCGCCCGUAUUGAGUCCUUUACGUGCCGAAUCGCGAAAUCUGACCCAGUUGAAGAAAAAGAGUCCUGUGAGAAGGCUAUGGAAGAUGCAUUGCAUCGUGCAAAGACCUACUACGCAGCGGGAGUUGAUGCUAUCAUGAUCCAUUCAAAGAGCAAGUCUCCUGAUGAAGUUAUUCAAUUUUUGCACAAAUACCGCGCUUUUGAUCCUCAUACCACACUGGUUGUCGUACCUACUUCUUACUCGGCAACCACAAAGGAGAGUCUCUACGCAGCGGGAGCUAAUGUGAUCAUCUAUGCCAACCAUUUGAUGCGGGCCAAGAUCACUGCUGUGGGUCCCAUUUCAGACAAGGUGCUUGCACAAAACCCGGACCUUUUCAUAGACGAUAAAGAGGCACUUGCAUGCAUCCAGGCCCGGAACUACGGGUGUUUACUAAGAAAGCUACGAGAGCGAAGUUACUGGGGUGAAGAGACCAAAGAGGCAAGGCUGUAUAGAAUUGUUGCAGAGACUCUUGCUUCUGAGAACAUCCAGGCAGCUGUAAACGAUUUGUUGGAUGGAGACCUGGCCGGCUGUGAGGCGGACAAACGGAUUAUCUCAGUGAAGGAGUUGCUGAAGAUCAAUAGUCAGCAAGUCGCCCCGGUGACGGAACUUGUGGGUUCGUCACAGAAUUCCUGA